AUGAGUCGAGCUUACAAUGGCAGGGAUAUGGAUCGACCAUACAAUACACCCGGCUCCAUGAACAGGGCUCGAGAACAACUUCGUGAGGCACGGGCAAGAGAAGGUCGCGCGAUCCAUUCACCGCAAACACCAUCAACUUCCCUGGACGCGGUUCCUACGCCGAUGCCCCGGCAUCUACCAAAUCCCCUGCCAUUAAGAGUCGUGGAUAGUCAAAUACCCCCCGGUUAUGACCAGAGAUUUGGCCAAAAAAUCUCCAGGCCAGCUCAAGUGCCGCAAUGGCCACUAUCCAGCGGCAGCUCGAUGAUCGCAGCGCCUAAUUCAUCUCCGUCUCCAGCAACCUGGUCUCAACAACAAAGACCCCAGAGGCCUCCCAGACCAAGCCAGAGCCGAAUUCCGUCUAUUGUAGACCGGACCAAGCCUCAGCAACCGACACCAGUCUUCACCUCACGUGCAAACACACCGAUGAGUCACCAGGAGAGCAAUGGAGGUUACAAACCAUCUGGUCCGUCGGACGGUUCGGCUCGACACGCAGCAUCACCAAUGGGAGCGCCACCAGACUAUCCGCCACCGAUUCCGGCCACCGAUUCCGGGACAAUUCGGAAAACCACGGUUUUGUGUCCUCCACCGUCUGGUCGGAGGGGGGCGCCUUCAUUCUAUUCCAAUGCAUCCUUGGUUUCUCCUAUUCUGGAAGAGGAUCCUCGCGCCAAAUGUCAUUUAUCGUACGCGUCUAGUACGGCCAUGCCUUCCACUUGGGGAGGCGACUCUCCCCAUUUGAGCAGCCCCGGCUAUAACGAUGCAUUUUAUGAAGAGUCACUAACGGAGAAGAGCAGAGAAUCCAUGUCUGAAGAAUAUGGAGAUGAAAGCCAGUUGGUGCGAAGUGCGAGUAUGGGCAAGACGGGUAAGCCCUCUUUGAUCACCACCAAGUCAACAGCUCAAGCCAAUCAGUCAAGAAAUGACCCUUCAUCAUUUCCUGCUUUGCCUGAUAAUGCGGGAUAUCUCAGUGCUGCGACAAGCUCAUCCGAAACAAUUCCUGCAAUCAAAGAGCCAGAGACAUCCCAUGGGAAGCCAACGGAUAAGGAUUCUUAUUCCUCCACUGCAGUCAGGAAGGCCCCGGCUGCGGCAUAUUCACCGGACCCUAGAGAGUCGAUUGCCCUUGCAGACCCCCGCCCGCAAACUGGGUUUUCGGCAAUGGGACGGCCACCGCGACUUGACAUUGAUGCAAUUCAUGCGGCUGAAGCUAGAGGAAGCCUGACGAGUCUGCCUGAUUUGAUUCGCCGAGCCACACGACUUGCGGCCAUGAUUGACAAAGGCAAACGGCCGGCGAGUAGGCUCGAUGUUUUGGAGGGGUUCCAGAAUGAGAAAGGUGACCGGCACCGAACUAGUUUGACCGACAUGCUGGCGGCAUUUCCCCCGCCCGUGCAUACCCCUUGCAAUAAUAACGCUAGCCGCAACAACUCUUGGCUUGGUCAAGGUCGUCACCAUCGUUCAAAAUCAGCAGGCGACGGCAAGGGGGUGAGACCCAGACGUCGAGUCUGCGGACUCCCUCUGUGGGUUUUCGUCCUUUUAGUUUUCUUGCUCGUAUGUCUCAUUGUUGCCGCUAUUCUCGUUCCGCUGGAAUUCUUCGUUUUCAAAAACCUGGGCCAGCAAGAUAAGGAAGGUCUGAAUCUGGGGCAAUGCCAGAAGACUUUGACUUGCUUAAACGGGGGCACCAAUGUGAUGGCACAAGAGGCUUGCGCCUGCAUAUGUACCAAUGGAUUUACGGGGCCUACUUGCGGAGACGGCGCUGCCACGGGCUGCACACUCACCAACUUGGUGUCUGCCGAUGGCCGUUCCAGUAUUAGCAACGUGACGGUCGGGCGCGCAAUUCCUCGACUUCUCGCCGACGGCUAUCGAAACUUUUCCGUACCGCUGUCAGGCACGACAAUACUAGCCCGAUUCAAUACGGCUGGCCUAUCCUGUAUGGCGCAAAACGCCCUUGUCACCUUUGACGGUCUUGCUACGGGUUCAAGCCAAGACGCAGACAAGGUGAAGGUGCGAGAUAUACCCGACAAGCGGAACAGCUUGGUCUCGGACGCUGAGCAGUUUUCGCCCUCGUCUACCCCUGCCCUGAAGCCUAGCACUACAGUGACAAUUGGGGGACUUGAUGGCCAGAAUAGCCAAGUGGCUGGUGUUACUACGACCAUGACCAUUUCCGAUUUCGGAAAGCCAGCGACUUUCAAUUCAGCACCCACGUCAACCUCUGUUCCGCCCACUUUGCCGUCGACACUUGUUGUUGACACGAGAUCGCCCAGCCCAACGAACGUGCCUUCGGCGGGCAGCUUCAUCGUUACCCAAGAGAAGCUUGAUUUUGCUCGUGUUGCCAUGCUUUACAUCCUGCAAGAGGAAACAGCGGCCAAGGCUAUCUCUGCGCAAGCCGAGCUGCAGCAAUUGUUCCGCAAAGCCGCACAGGGUGAUAAACAGCGAGGGAGCAAGGUCUCGCAGCAAGAGGCUUCGAGGGUGGAUCUGGGAAAUAGCACCACCGUCAAUCUGGUUGAUUUGUCCAUCAAUGUUGGGAAUGGUCCCAUUGGGUGGCAAACGCCUGAGCCCAGGAGCACCAGCUUAUCAAGCACUUCCAGCUGA